AAAUAUUUAGGUCUCUACCAAUAUAUCCCUAAUAAAAGGAUUAAAAGUAAGUAUUGAUAAAAAUAUAAACAAUACUGACUCACAAUUUGGAUAAAUAUAUAAAUUACAUUUAUUCCAAUUGCACGACAUUGUUCGUCUGAAAGUCAAAUGCACAAGUACCGAAUUCAGUACCUACUUGUAUCGAAUACAAAUUUUCGACCCAUUGUCUCGCCAUUGGAUCAUCGGUAUAUAUUGGUCAGUGGUACUCACGUACUCGUUCAAGUUCGAGAUACAAGUACCAGUGCCAGUACCUCGUUCGCAGUCGAUGCUAUUUUGCAGGUAAAAUAAUUCGCGAAGCUACCAUGAAAUCUGGAUGAGUGAAUAGACAUCAGUGAGUGAAUAGACAAAAGUACCGGUACGAAUAUGAAGCUGGUGGUCUCGGUGUGCGUAAAGUUGUGCUUGAUUUGGUUGUUGGUCGAAGGCAAAUCGACGAAAAAUGACGAUUUACCUGGAAGAGCAGUACCGGAGCAGUACCGGAAACGUCCGUUUUUCAAACGAGCUGAGUACGGGGAAACUACACUGCCUUUGAGGAAAGCCGUGGAAAGCUUGCCUGAUGUUACCAGCGAUUCCAAAAGACUGCCACUCAGAGACGCUGUGGAAAAACGCCCCGUUCCCGAACUAUCCCGGUACCAAAACACUGACGGUUGGUACAACCAACGGAAAUGGUACUCGCCUUCGUCCGGAAGCGGCCAAUACUCGGACGACACCGUCGAAAUUCUGCCGGAGGAACCCCAAUACGCGUACUAUCCGCAGUACUACCCUUUUCAGGGCACCUACUACACACCUUUCCAGUAUUUCCGGAGCAUUUUGAACGAUUAUAAACCGUACAGAAUCAGCAACAUUUACCAAAGUCUUUUGGCCAGUCCUCCAAGUUCACCAGCCGGAAGAAAUCCAGAUGCUGCGCAGAUUUUUAUAGGGAGGCCGGAAUUGAAGAAAACCGCCGACGAUGAUAAAAAGAUAGUUUGCUACAUAAACGGUGUAGCUUCGUACAGAAAGGAACCCUUGGCAUUCAACCCAGAGGAUUUGGACCCUUACCUGUGUACCCACGUGGUCUACAGAUACGCCACAAUUGAUCCACUCGCUUACACUCUCACUUCGAACGACGAAGCUUACGAUAUCAUUCAAGGCGGUUACAAAGCAGCGACUACGCUGCGCGACCAGAACCCGCAGCUGAAGGUACUGGUAGCAGUGGGUGGAAGCCCGACGGAUGGUUCUCGUCGUUUCAGUACCAUGGUGUCCAAUGCCAAGAAACGCGCCGAAUUCAUUCGGUCCGCGAUAGCCUUCAUCGCUAAGUACAACUUCGACGGGUUGGAGGUGGAUUGGUCGAAUCCUGGUGCAGAAGAACUAGGCGGACAAGUCACUGAUAAGGAAUUCUACCAGGUUUUCCUCGAGGAAAUAUCGGAGAUAUUUAAAACCUACGGUUGGGUGCUGGCGCUUUCGGCUCCUGCGUCUCGAUUUAAAGUCGAGAACGGAUUCGAACCGUCGAAGCUCGGUACCAUCGUCGAUUUCGUUACCAUUCAAGCGUACGAUUUCCAUUUAGAGAAACAGCCCCUAGCAGACCAUCAUUCCAAUUUGUUCAGCAGACCGGACGAUUCGGGAUUAGACAUCUUUCUAAGCGUGGAUUACGCCGUCCAAUUCUGGCUGAGAAAGAGCUUCCCCAGCUCGAAGCUCGUCCUGGGCGUACCUUUCUUCGGCGUGUCGUUCACAUUGCGGUACUCCAACGAGACGGAUGUCGGAGCGCCGAUCAGCGGCGCCGGUCGGGAGGGUUUCUACACCAGGACGCCCGGUACUCUUGCGUACUUCGAAAUAUGCGAGAUGAUCUUGAACGAGGGUUGGUUCCGCAGCGAAGACGCCUCCGGUUCGCCUUUCAUCGUCAACGGCGACCAAUGGGUCGGGUACGACGAUGAGCAGAGCUUGAAACGAAAGAUCGAAUACGUCAAGGAGCAUCAUCUUGGCGGUGUAACAGUAAAGGCUGCUGAUUUCGAUGACUUUAAAGGCUUGUGUGGAGUAAAGUGGCCUUUGCUUACUCUAGUUAACAACGAAUUAAAAGGUACUACUUCGACAUUUCUGACGGAUGCCUACAUGCCACCGACUAAACCUAUAGGUAGAUGCGACUCCUUCGGCUACUUCAGCGAUUCGACCAACUGCGCUUCGUACUACAUCUGCAAAAAUGGCUUGUUGUACCACCUAUCGUGCGGGUACGACUUGAUGUUCAAUCCCACUAACGCCAAAUGCGAGCCGGUACGUCCGGAAUUCUGCAGGCCAGGGGAAACAGUCUACAUCCCCAACGCCUUGAAGGAACUCCAAGUACCGACCAAAAAGGAAAACGUGAUAGAAGAGGAUUCCAAACCGAAGGUGGUUUGCUACUUCACGAAUUGGGCGUUUUAUAGAAAAGGCGACGGGAAGUUCGUACCCGAGCACAUAGAUCAAAGGCUCUGCACCCACGUGGUAUACGCCUUCGCCAGUUUGGAUGCGGAGAAGUUACUCAUCAAGGAAUUCGACCCUUGGGCUGAUUUGGACAAUAACCUCUACGAAAGGAUGACUUCCUUGAAGGACACCAAAGUACUGCUGUCGUUGGGCGGUUGGACGGAUUCCACGGGCGAUAAGUACUCCAGGUUGGUGAGCGACGGAUCGGCACGAAGACGGUUCGUUAUCGGCGUCGUAGGCUUCCUGCGCAGGCACAAAUUCAGCGGGCUACACUUCGAUUGGAAUUACCCGACCUGCUGGCAGAGCAGCUGCAAACGAGGCCCGUCCUCGGACAAAGCCAACUUCGCCAAAAUCAUUCAAGAACUGAGAAAGGAGUUCGAGAAACAAUCGCCUCCUUUGAUUUUGGCGGCCGCCAUUUCCGGCUAUAAAGAGGUCAUCGAUUUGGCUUAUGAUCUUCCAGUACUCGGCCAAAACGUCGAUUUCCUGUCAGUGAUGACCUACGAUUACCACGGAGCUUGGGAAGGACAAACAGGCCACGUCAGCCCUUUGUAUAGCAAACCAGGCGACAAGUACCCCCAAUACAACGUCAAUUUCACCAUGGAGUACCUCGUGUCCAAAGGAGCUCCUCGCGGUAAACUGCUGGUAGGAGUCCCGUUCUACGGGCAAUCGUACGAGUUGAAAUCGAAGGGUGGUUCCGGCGAAAACGCUCCGGCAAACGGUCCCGGCGAACCAGGGGAGUACACCAAGCAACCAGGAAUGCUGGCCUACUACGAGAUAUGCUAUCGCAUCAGAAACCGAAGAUGGAGCGUCAGCCGAAACGAGGGAAGACCCUUCGCCUACAAUGCCGAUCAAUGGGUCGGAUUCGAAGAUGUCACCUCCGUUAAAGAAAAGGCAUCUUACAUAAGGUCCGGAAGAUUUGGAGGAGCUGUAGCUUGGACAAUAGACCUAGACGACUUCAAUAAUCUUUGUUGUGAAGGCUCGUUUCCUUUGUUGAAAACGCUCAGUUACGAGUUGGGCGUUGCGGGCGAGAAACCCACGGCGUCCGAUUGCACCAAGCCGCCUCCGCCGUCUACGCCCUCUCCUCCGGAAACCACCACCGGCGUGGAUUCGGGCGCCGAAUCCGACCAUCACCACCAUCAUCACGAAGACACCAGCACGGUAACUUCUACGACUCCUUGGUGGACGACGUCUACGAGUACAAGCAAGCCCACCGCGCCUUGGUGGGAGCAGUCCAGCACCACCGCUGCUUGGUGGACUACCACCUCGACGACGACAAAGAGACCAAGUCGUCCGGAAAAUCCUGUGGUAAUACCACCACCGGCUGUCAUUAGCCCGGAGAUCGAAACGCCUUUCAAACGUUGCGAGCCAGGUCAGUACUUGCCCGACAAGAUGAACUGCAACGCGUUCUAUAGAUGCGUCGAUGGUGAGCUGAAAAAGCAGUACUGCGCAGGUGGAUUGCAUUGGAACAGGGACAAACAUAUUUGCGAUUGGCCAAGAGAAGCCAAUUGUAAAACUUCCAAUGAUCAUCAGAAACCUACACCAACAAGCAAACCGACUAAUAAACCGACAAGCAAACCAACAAAAAAACCUACUACUACAACAACUACUAAACCUCCAACAACGACUCUCCAGCCGGCGAUUUCGAGCGGUACUUGCGAAUCUGGGGCGUACUACCCGCACGAAUUGUGCAACCAUUUCUACGUGUGCUUCAACAACAGAUUGGUGGACCAAGUCUGCGCUCCGGGUCUAAAUUUCCACGCCCAGAGCGGCAUGUGCGAUUGGAGCUUCAAGGUGAAGUGCACGAACAGGAGGAAAAUGGGAGAAAGGUAUACGAUCAAACGUGGACAAUAUCCCCAACCUUACUCGAAAUGCGAGGGCAACACCUUCGCUGCGCUUCCAGGUGAUUGCAACCAGUACAUGCAUUGCCAAUGGGGCAAGUUCGAAAUAAGGCAAUGCGCUCCCGGAUUACACUGGAACAACGAAAAGAAUUUGUGUGAUUGGCCGCAAAAUGCUCACUGUACAGAAGACGUAGAUAACAACGAAUUAGAUGUGGAUACCGGUCCGGAAACGCCACCGGAUAAUUGGGACGUACCGAGUAGUACCGCUCCACCUAGCACUACUCAAUGGAAGCCUCCUUCUACGAGUUCCACCCAGUGGAGCCCGCCUUCUACAACCGAAUCGUCAGGAGAAAACCAAUGGGAAUGGCAUCCACCCAUCCCUCCUACAUCAGAAAAACCGCCCCUUCCAGCGCCCCUGAAACCUCUAUCAGGCUAUUUCAAAAUAGUAUGUUACUUCACCAAUUGGGCCUGGUACCGACAGGGGCUGGGUAAGUACCUUCCUGAAGAUAUCGACGAAAAUCUCUGCACCCACAUUGUGUACGGAUUCGCCGUUCUGGAUUACUCGAACUACGUGAUCAAAGCGCACGAUUCCUGGGCCGACUUCGAUAACCAAUUCUACAAGCGCGUGAUCGAGUACAAGUCGAAAGGGGUGAAAGUAUCGAUUGCUAUUGGUGGUUGGAACGAUUCUUUGGGCGAUAAGUACUCCAAGCUGGUUAACAAUCCGGAGGCUAGGAGGCGGUUCAUCGAGCACGUGGUCAAAUUCCUGGAUAAAUACGGUUUCGACGGGCUCGAUUUGGAUUGGGAGUACCCCAAAUGUUGGCAAGUGGAUUGUAAGAAAGGUCCGGAUUCAGACAAGCCAGCUUUCGCCCAAUUCGUCAAAGAACUGAAAGACGCCUUUAGACCUAGAGGUUACUUGCUUUCAUCCGCCGUAUCGCCCAGCAAAACUGUAAUAGAUGCUGGUUACGAUGUGCCCAUAAUAGCUGAAAACCUCGAUUGGGUGGCUGUGAUGACUUACGAUUUCCACGGUCAAUGGGACAAAGCCACAGGUCACGUUGCUCCGUUGUUCUUGCAUCCCAAAGAUGAAGUAGCCUUCUUCAAUUCGAACUACUCGAUCCAUUAUUGGAUAUCACAAGGCCUGCCUAGAAGGAAGCUAAUCAUGGGUAUGCCCCUCUAUGGACAAUCGUUCCGGCUGGAAAAAGCCUCCGAAAACGGUUUAUACGCCAGCGCUCCGGGACCAGGAGAAGCCGGAGAAUUCACGCGAGCAGCAGGUUUCCUGGCGUUCUACGAAAUAUGCCACAACAUACAAACAAAAGGUUGGACGGUGGUACAGGAUCCUCUGGGUACGAUGGGGCCGUACGCCUACAAAGGCGACCAAUGGGUAUCCUUCGACGAUGAGACGAUGAUCGCGAAGAAAUCGGAGUACAUAAGGAGAAUGGACCUCGGAGGCGGCAUGAUUUGGGCACUGGAUUUGGACGAUUUCAAGAACAGAUGCGGCAGAGGUAGACAUCCAUUACUCACCAUCAUUAGAAACACCCUGGCUGAGGCGGGCGAUGGACAGCAACGACCCAUCGAUGAUCUUCUACCCAACACUAUAGAGGAACCAGAUAACAGUUUAGCGCUGCUGCAGGAAAAACAGAACAAGCACAAUCCGGUACUCGAGUCGCUAGUCGAUCCUACGUCUCAAUUCAAAGUAGUGUGCUACUUCACUAACUGGGCUUGGUACCGACCGGGCGUCGGUAAAUUCGUACCGGCAAAUAUUGAUCCUGAUUUGUGCACCCACGUAGUCUACAGUUUUGCUGUUCUUAGUGACGACGAAUUGAUCAUAAAAACGCACGACAGCUUCACCGACUUCGAUAACAAAUUUUACGAGAAAGUGACGGCCUUGCGAGCGAAAGGCGUGAAAGUACUGAUAGCCCUGGGUGGAUGGAACGACUCCGCCGGCGACAAGUACUCGCGAUUGGUCAACAACCCAUCGGCGCGGAGGCGGUUCGCGGCGCACGCGGCCGAUUUCCUCGAGCAGAACCGCUUCGACGGGCUGGACCUGCAUUGGGAGUACCCCAAAUGCUGGCAGGUGGAUUGCAACAGGGGCCCGUCGACGGACAGAGCCGGCUUCGCCAAGCUGGUGGAGGAACUGUCCGAGGCGCUGGCGCCCAAAGGACUCCUUCUGUCCGCCGCCGUGUCCUCCAGCAGGAAGGUGGUGGACGCCGGGUACGACGUCCCGACGCUGUCCAAGUACUUGGACUGGAUCGGGGUGAUGGCGUACGAUUACCACGGCCAAUGGGACGGGAUUACCGGACACGUGGCUCCGAUGCAUCGCCAUCCGGAGGACGUCGACGAUGAAUUUAACAUGAACUUCACCGUCCAUUACUGGCUGGGAAAAGGCGCCGAUCGAAGCAAGCUGGUGCUGGGCAUGCCGAUGUACGCCCAAUCGUUCACGCUCAGCGACCCGGCCGCCCACGGGCUGAACGCCGCGACGUCGGGCGGCGGCGAGGCGGGCGUCGCGACGCGCUCUCGCGGCUUCCUGGCCUACUACGAGGUCUGCGCGAACGUCCAGCGCAAGAAUUGGACCUUGGUCAGAGACGAGCGAGGCAGGAUCGGGCCGUACGCCUAUUCGGGCGAUCAAUGGGCGUCGUUCGACGAUGUAAAUGCGAUCAGGCGCAAGUCGGAGUACGUGAGGCGGAUGGGAUUGGGCGGCGGGAUGGCGUGGGCGCUGGAUUUGGACGAUUUCAGGAACCUGUGCGGCUGCGAGGAGUACCCGCUGCUCAGGACCGUCAAUAGGGUGUUGAGAGGGUACAAAAGGGCCGAUCCUAAAUGCGGCAUUUGAAGGAGGUUCGGAUGAAUGAACGUUGAAGUUUCUUCUAUGCAAAAUAAGCAAAUGGUUAUAGAUUGUCUUCGGCUACGGUAAUUUUAAUAAUGCUUCUUAUGAGGGGUUAAAACUUAAAGGGAUUUGUCAU